CCGCGCUGCAGUGGCUGUGAGAACACAUGAUUAGUGCACAGCUGGAAAGAAAAGCAGACCUGUAACACCUGAACGGACUGGGACCGGGGGGACGCAACAGACGCGCACUAACUUUCCAUACCUGGAGAUCCAGAAAUGAUGCCCCGUCUGCCGUGCGGCGGCAGGACGACGUGCGGGACCACUGGCACCUUUUUGUGGGCAUGUCUGGUCUCCGCUUGUCAAGCCCUCCGAAGCUGCGGGGGGGUCCAGUGCGGCGAUGGGCAACAGUGUUGCCCGCCCAUCGUCAACGGGAACGGCAAUGCCAGCUCCGCGGUGCAAUGCUGCAAGCUUCCCAUCCACAUCUUCUUCGACAACGUAAGCUGGUUUACGCGGAAGCUGUCGGGCAUCCUGAUCCUGUUGCUGCUCUUUGCCAUGGGCUACUUCAUCCAGCGGAUCAUCUGCCCGCGGCCCCGCCGGCACCCGCACCACGACCGCAGCGAGGAGCCCUCCCUCUUUCACGGGCACGCAUCGGCGUCCCAGGACUCCCUGCUGGACCGGUACCCAGAGCACAGGCUCGGUGGCUUCGCCUCUCCGAACCUGCCAGCCUACGACGAGGUCAAAUAUUUGCCCACGUAUGAGGAAAGCAUGCAGGAGAUGCACAGAGACCGGUCCGAUGACAACUUGCUGUCGGAAAACGAGAGGAGCUGUCAGGGCAGAGUGAGAGCAGCCGGACCGAGAGCUGGAGAGCAGAGACGGGAUGUCCUGGAGGUGUCAGGACAGCAGCACAGCCCAAGGACAUCUCGGAACUCUGUCUGACGGGAAACAGAUCUUUGGCAAUGCUACAGAGACAAUAUAGCAUUCUUAUUUUAAUAUCAUCAGGGUAAUUAUCUUGCAGAGAUAUAAACUCAAGUGCAAUUAUAAUCCUGAAUGUUAAGAAUAAAAGAGGAGGCUGAGAAAAUGUACGUGUUUUGCAAGAUUAUAGGGGAUUACUCGCCUUUUGUAUGCAAAUGACCGCUUGGGUUAAGUAAAGGAGAUUAGAAAAUAAACGAGGGCUGCUGAAAUUGA